ACGUGCACACCUUCUGCUCAUGAUACUACUCGGUUUCCUCAGUUGACGUCUACCGCCCACCGUCGAUCACGAAGACUUCCAUAUACUUGGCUGAUGGAUUUUUGUGCCAAUACAAAUCUUGCAAUGCAUCCUUAUCUCUGUCUAUCUCCUCCAUCAGCGCUGAGCCAUUACUAUUCGGAAACUACCGCGAUCUGCCUUCUUUCUCCGCAGACUCAUCCUCCGUCUCGAUUUACCCACAGUAGUCAAUCCAAUUCCUCUCUGGGUCAAACACGACCUUUCAACGUGGUCCUUCAAAUAUGUGGAAAGCCAAAACUAUGAUGCCACGGCCCACUCCAAGAGUCAUGCCUGAAGUCCCAUCCCCCCGCCCAGCAUCUCCUACAUCGAUGGGAAAUCUGCAGCCACCAUCUCCAGCAGAGCACACCGAAUCUGUCGAUCUUGCCCGCAGUAAACCUCAAGACUUCUCUGGCGAGUCACUUAUGGAGGCUCCACCAUCGGAGCAGGACCCAGUACAAGCCCCAACCGCCGACUCAAAUCACCAGGCGAGCGAUCAUCUGAAGACGACCCUCACUGGAUUCCCCAAACCUAAACUGACCGUUUCGACCGCGCUCCUGCAAUCGGAUUCGUACCCACAAACAUUGGACAAAGUUCUUUCGCCUCUUCAAUUCGCAGACUCCAGCAAGGGCAUCAAGCUCGUGGUGACGCCAGAGUUGAUCGCAAUGGGAGAAUGGGUUGCCGCCAUGAAGCGGUACACCGCCAUCCUUACGACUGCAUUCGAAUCGCUGGGAGAGCAGUCAGAUAGAGCUGUGACACUGGGGACCGCUCUGAAGGCACGAGAGCAACUCGAGAGGCUCCGCGGACUGUUCGAGCAACAGCUCGAGGAUCAUCAAGCCCGUGCGACGAGUAUUCAAGCGGAUCUUAAACGCAUGGUCACACACAGUCUCUCGGAUGCUUUGAAAGCACAUGUUCGAUCUGCAGUGGAGCAACAAGUGAAGGAGAGGGUCGCGCAUCAGCUCAGUAUCCAGAUCCCGGAGAAGCUGCGACAGCAGAUCAAAACGCAUCAGGUGCAGAUCGUCGAAGUUCAACGCGCUCUGAGGAACUCAGAAGCAAGGCAGCAUAAUUCUGCGUUGGGCCCGUCGCAAUUGAACGCCGAACUUCGGCCGCUUUUGCGGCCAUUGUCUACUACUGCUGUAGCGGAUGCUGAGGCAGCCAGCCCGUCUCCGCUAUUUCCGACCAGUCUGCGAUCGCUGUUUGCGCUCCAGUCCGAAGAAGCGGAGACUCUGGUUAAGGAAUAUGGGCUGGCAGACUGCACGGUCCCAGUGACUCCCAUUGCAACUGAGGCCGCCAGUCCCAGUAGCAUGGAGUCGCGGACGCGGAAUCUCAACAAAUUCAUGGCGCACAUUGGUGUCGUCGGCUUCCAGAUGCACGCCCUCCCCGGCUUCAUAUCGACAUUCCCGGUGGGAAAACUCUCGCCGUCGCCACUUAUUAUUAGCAUCCACCCGGGUCUCUGACUUGCGUUGUUUCUCGACCACUGUAGUUAGUAUGUACUAUCACGCUCUACCAGACACUCAUCAUAUGCCUUAAUGAACGUUCAUCUUUGAAUUGGAGCCCCGUUGCCAAGACGGGAAGUCGAAGCAAUCUAAGACGAGGAACGUGCGGCGGUCCACACGAUCUGAUUGGCUGCCGCGUCCGGUCGUGUGCCAGAAACGUUCCUUCAAGAGGGGCACACGAGCAGAAAUGGCCAGAAGCGCCUCCAUAAAUCCCUGGGAUCGCAUCUUCACGUCCCCGUCCACUUGCCCAACACCAGCACCAUGUCCACAAUGUAUGCCGCCAGUUGCAACCCUCCCCGCACCGCAAAACACGGCACGCAGCUCAGGCACGCGUCGCCCACUCCCUCUGAGACCUCCUCCGAUUCCGAGUAUGCCCCGGAGCCUCGCCGCAUGACGGCGACCUCUCCCAAGCUGUCCAAGUCCAUUCCCGGUCUGUCUCCCGAUCCGGCAGAGUCAUCUACCUCUACCUCCAAGACCAAACGCGGCCGCAAGCCCGCGGCCCAGUCUCGCUCGGCGCGGGAGGCACAGCGCAAGCUCAACCACUCGAUCAUCGAGAAGGCCCGGCGCACGAAGAUAAACGACGCCUUGGCGACGCUCAAGCAGCUCGUUCCGCCGAGCAAUCCCCAUCAGGCAGAGGAGAACGAUGCCGAGGACCCUAAUGGCGGCGGAAGGCCGCAACAGAAGAAGGGCUCGGGCAAGCGAGAAGAGAAGGAGAAAGAGUUCAAGCUCGAGAUCUUAGUGCGAACAGUCUCGUAUAUGCAGGACCUGGUCCAGCGGGUCGCCCAAUUGGAGGACGCCGUUCAGCAGGCGUCUUGCUCGAACUGCGUCGCUAGAACUGCGGCCAACAGCCGGAAACGCAAACAUUCGGCAGACGCCUCCAUUGGUACUGUCGCAACGACAGAACGGCCGACUAAACGCGAACGCCCAUCGCAGGCCCCGACGCCCGAUGCAAGUCCGGUGAUAUCGUACCCAUCAGGCGACAGGUCCGCGCGUCUGCCCUCCAUCUCGUCGUGGCUUCCAGAGCCGCCGCGUGCAUCCCCGCACACCUCCCCUGUAUUCCAGUCGCAUCUGCCGUCGCCCCCGUCGUCCACCCAGUUCGCUGCUGUCCGGGCACCGUCACAGCAACCGCCGGCCCUGAGCCUGGGCCCCGUCGCAACUCACUCACACGUUAUGUCGAAUCGGACACCCGAAGAGGAGUCGGCGGCCUCGCUAUUGCUUGAGAUCCGUGGCUCGUCGCCGACGUCGAGAAAAGUGCAGACACCGGCUACUUUGCUCGGUCUUCUGGCUUGAACACCCCAUGAAGAUUGUAACCGUUGACCGUGUAUGUAAGUAAGUAAGCAGUUGUCGUUGUCGUCCUCAGGUACACUGUACGAUGUUGUUUUAUACCGCGAGAAUCAAAAAGUUCAUUGCACACUACAAAAGAUAGAAUCAUUUGCCAGUAGAAAAUCGACAUGCCGUUUCCUCGUCAUUGUCAAAACGACACUUCCUAGACUGAGUAUAUCUUGAGAGAGUAGGACCCCCUUGGGGGUCACUGGCACUGACUCGACGGUCGGAAACCUAACACCGGUCAG